GUCAGCGCUGCCGGGGGGUUUCCUGCCCCUGUGGGACUCAUCUCCAUGGGUCAGGGACCGCAGCAUCUGCUCAGCCCCACACACGUGGAUGGGACAUGGCCGGAGCUGGGAUCACGCUUCUCUGCUGUGUGCUGCUGGUGGCAACCAGGGGUCUGCAUCUCUGCUGUGCCACGGAGCAGCUGAAGGGGUUGAAGGGACAGUCCUUGUCCUUCCCAGCCCUGCAUCUCCUGUCCGAUGACAUUGUGCGAGUCACUUGGAGGUCCAAAGGGACCCACAUCGCCGAGGCCAAGCCCAGGGAGACGAUGUUCACUGCUGACUUCCUGCCUGAGUUCCGGGGCCGGCUGUUCAUCCACCCCACCAGUCUCUCGCUGGAGAUCAGCCCGCUGAAGCCAUCGGACAGCGGGAGGUACGAGGUGGUCGUGGACACCUUGUCCGACCCCACCAACCCAAAGACCUUUCACUACUCCUUGCUGGUUCUUGAUGCAUCCCCAGAGCCACUGCCCGGGACUGGUGACACCAAGGGACCCAUCAGGAGCACUGUGGAACCCCAGGGAGCAACGGAGCCCAGUGCUGGGGACACCGGGACGCAGGACACGGGCGGGGGGCAGCCCCCGAGGCCCUGCAGGGCUCAGGACCGCUACUGCCUGGUGAAGGGUUAUCUCAUGGCCGGUAUCUUCGUGCCGCUGGUGCUGCUGGUGGCCGUUGUCCACGUUGUGACCAGGGUCAAAUGCACCAAGGCAGGGGAUGGGGUCUCAUCAGGGGUUGAGCCCUUCGGCAUCACCGCUCCACAGGGACCAUCCCCAUGGCAGUGAUGAGGACAGACGCCAGGCUCCGGGAACAGCAUCCCCUCUGCCUCAGUUUCCCCAUCUGGGGCAAGAUGAGGUUACUCUGCUCAGAGCCCCUGGAGGACGUGACAUGAACCCGGGUUCCUCAUCUCUUGCACAAGGAGCUGCCUCUAAAUGCAUCAGUGCUUCUUCCUCCCCAAAGCCGCCAGUCCUUUGGCACCAAAACCCAGCCCGGCACCAAGCUUUGGGUCUCCGGGAUCCAGGAACACCUCCGUUACAGGAGACAAAAUCAGUUUCCUAUUUCCAGCCCCAAACGUGGGGGAGAUCAUCACUCAGCAUCUCAGAAACCCUCCUCUAGUUGAUAAGAGGUGAAUGAUUCACUGGUGACCCUGACUAAACGCUGCGUGCCAUCAAUUAUUGAGCAGCAGAUCUGUCAAGAAGUUCUCAUAAAUAAGUGAUCUGGUGCUGUCUUAA